UAUAUUAUAAGAUAGCUGAGUCGGUAUAUUUAUCAGUGCUUAUAUUGGGCUGCAAACACAUUGGAUGCAGAUAGGAAGAAAUGGGUUUCAAUAGUGCUAUAUGCAGCAUCCUUCUUUUCUUUUUCAUCGCGUUGAAUUCUAUUUAUAAAUCUUCUGCAAUUGAAACUGAAGCAAGCCAGACAGCAUUGCUUUUCGUUAAUACUUCUGAAGCAUCGGCGAAGGAAAUACCUGAAAACUUGUUUGGCAUAUUUUUCGAGGAGAUUAACCAUGCUGGAGCUGGAGGAUUGUGGGCCGAGCUUGUUAGCAACCGAGGUUUUGAAGCUGGAGGACCCAAUACACCUUCAAACAUCGAUCCCUGGUCUAUUAUCGGGGAUGAUUCAUCAUUAAUUGUAUCAACGGAACGUUCAUCGUGCUUUCCUCGAAAUAAAAUUGUUCUGCGAAUGGAGGUACUAUGUGACAAUGAGGGCACAAGUAUCUGUCCAGCUGGAGGAGUUGGUAUAUAUAACCCUGGGUUCUGGGGUAUGAAUAUCAAACAAGGGAAAACCUAUAAAUUGGUGCUCUAUGUACGUUCAGAAGGAUCAAUUGAUUUGUCUGUGUCGUUAACGGGUUCAAAUGGAUUGCAGACAUUGGCUACUACUAACUUUAAUUAUUGUUGUUGCAGAGCUUCUCAUGUGUCGAACUGGACAAGGAUGGAGGUUUUAUUGCAAGCACAAGGAACCGAUGCAAAAUCAAGACUGCAGCUCACUACAACCAGGAAAGGUGUCAUUUGGUUUGAUCAAGUAUCACUGAUGCCUACAGAUACAUACAAGGAACACGGUUUUCGCAGUGAUCUUUUUGAAAUGCUGAAAGAUUUGAAACCAGGAUUUAUCAGAUUUCCAGGUGGUUGUUUUGUCGAAGGUGAAUGGUUAAGAAAUGCGUUUCGUUGGAAAGAAACUGUUGGACCAUGGGAAGAGAGGCCUGGGCAUUUUGGUGAUGUUUGGCAGUACUGGACUGAUGAUGGUCUUGGUCAUUUUGAGUUUCUCCAGCUUGCUGAGGACUUGGGUGCAGCACCAGUAUGGGUGUUCAACAAUGGCAUUAGUCACAACGAUCAAGUUGACACUUCCAACGUCUUACCUUUUGUACAAGAAAUCCUAGACGGUAUUGAGUUUGCAAGAGGCGAUCCUCAAUCAAAAUGGGGUUUUCUACGAGCUGCAAUGGGACACCGGGAACCUUUUGAUUUGAAAUAUGUUGCAGUUGGGAAUGAGGAUUGUGGGAAGAAAAAUUAUGUUGGAAACUACCUCAAGUUCUACAGUGCUAUAAAAAAAGCUUAUCCGGACAUCAAAAUAAUCUCGAACUGCGAUGGUUCCUCUAAACCAUUGGAUCACCCAGCUGAUUUGUAUGAUUAUCAUAUUUAUACUGGUGCAAAUAAUAUGUUUUCCUCCGCAUCAAAGUUUGACCAAGUCUCACGCAAUGAUCCAAAGGCCUUUGUCAGUGAAUACGCUGUGAAUGGAAAUGAUGCUGGCAAAGGCAGUCUUUUAGCAGCUCUUGCAGAAGCUGGAUUUGUUAUUGGACUUGAAAGGAACUGUGAUGCUGUUGAAAUGGCAAGUUACGCACCUUUGUUUGUUAAUACCAACGAUAGAAAUUGGAACCCAGAUGCAAUUGUCUUCGACUCAGCACAGGCGUAUGGAACUCCUAGCUAUUGGAUGCAACAUUUUUUCAGGGAGUCAAAUGGCGCAACUCUUCUGAGUUCUACUCUUCAAGCUAACUCUUCAAGUUCUCUUAUUGCUUCAGCAAUUGUUUGGCAAAAUUCAGAUAACAAGAAAUACCUUAGGAUAAAGGUUGUGAAUUUUGGAAGCAACAAUGUGACUCUUCAAAUAUUUAUUGAUGGACUGGAGCUGAACUCGGUACCAUCCUUUGGAUUGACAAAGACUGAAUUAACAUCUAGUAAUCUGAUGGAUGAGAAUUCUUUCCAAGUGCCCAAGAAGGUGAUGCCAGUUAAAAGUUCAAUGGAGGGUGCUGGUGGCCAAGUGGACAUCGUGCUUUCUCCGCAUUCGUUAACUUCAUUUGACUUGUUAAUGAAAUCAAGCAGUAUCCGGAUGGUAGGAUCUGAUAAUGCUGAUUCAUACUUCAUGUGAACUAUGGCUUGAAUUUGAAAUGAAUAGAACUAAUGUAAUAAAGGUUAUUUAAAUGUUAGUGGUGUUUGUAGCUUGGACUUCUGAGAUGGACCUACAUCGUCUUUAGGAAUCAUCCUACUGUUCAAAAUAAAUUGUAACUAUGUCUUAAUUCAAAAUCAAACCAAGUCAGAUAAUCGAAUGACUUGGCUUUCUA